AUGAUUAGUUUCAAAGAACUCGAAGAUGACGAUGAAAAAAAGUUGGAGUGGAGAGAAGUCCAUUUUGACAACAAAAAUGAUUCUAAUUUCAUUUAUAUCAACAGAGACGGCAAUGACAGCAACAACAACAGCAGCAGCAAUAAUAAUAUUAUUACAACAUUCGAUACGACAAUGUAUAAUGCAUCAAAUUAUCAGGACGCUCAAAAUACUUAUCCUUAUUCAAGCCAAGAAGUUGAAUUGGUGGAACCUGGACAAUUAUCACUCAGUCAAUUAUUACACUUGUUUUGUAAUCAAGAGAUAUUCAAUAUGGAAGAUGAUGAAAUGUUUAAUACUGGAGAUUAUUUGUAUGGGACAAUAUUCAACACAAGUUCAUCUCAAGUGAGCGAUUGUGAAAUCGAUCCUAAUACUUUUCUUCGUCAGUAUUUUAAUAAUCAACACGGUAACUAA